CACUGUGGUACGAGAGCAAAAAUCUUUAGCGCAGCUUAACGUUAACAAAUCUGUACCUGAACAACACACAGAGUUUGACUAUAGAGACGAUUUCUGAUGUAAUCAUGGCUCAGAUGCUGGACAUAGACAGAGGAGAGAGAAUAGAGAUGAUGGUGGACAUCUAUGAAAGUUCAGAUUCUGUAAGAAAUGAUGAAGUCAUGAUAAACACAGAGAGACAGCAAGCGCUUCAACACACAGGAAGUGUUUCAGAGAAGAACAGAAGACACAGAGCAGUUCAAGUGUGUUUGUGGUUGUUGUUUGUUCUUCCGUUGACUGCUGUAAUAGUGCUCUGUGUGUAUUUCACCACUGACAGAAACCGCUUACUAACACACAACUAUAACUUGAUCAAACAAAAAGAAAAAUUAUUUAAAGAUAACAACAAAAUACUAAAUCAGAACAGAAACUUGACUGAAGAAAGAGAGCAAAUCAAAACCAAGACGGAUGAACUCCAGGAUGAUUUAUCAGUGACCAAGCAUCACAUCUCUAACUUAACAAAAGAAAAUGAACUGUUACUUACAAACAACACAAACCUACUAGAGGAGAAAGAUCGAUGUAUGAUGAAAUCUAAGAGUGUGUCUGAAGAAAGAGAUCAGUUAAUGAACCAAAGAAAAGAUCUGAACAGAUGGCUCACUAAACAAGAUCGGAGCUCUGAUAACUUUAAAUGGGUUUAUUACAACUUCAGUUUUUAUUAUUUUUCAUCUGCUUAUAAGAGCUGGAGUAACAGCAGACAAGACUGUAAAGAGAGAAAAGCAGAUCUGGUGAUUAUAAACAGCAAAGAGGAGCAAGAGUUUUUGCAGAAAGUUACAGCUGGUUACUACUUUUGGAUUGGUCUGAGGAAAGAGAAAGAAGUGUGGAAAUGGAUAAAUGAAACCCCAUCGACAACAAGUUUUUGGAUGAACGGAUACCCAAGACAGUACAAUAACUACUGUGCUUUAACGUAUACAUCAGGAUUAGCUGAUGAUUCAUGUGAUGAUAACUAUGGAUGGAUCUGUGAGAAAAGUUUCAAAUCGCUCAUAGUAUGAAACAUACUGUAUAUACAGACAAUGAUAUAAAACCUUUUUAAAUUCUGUUCCAGUAUAUCUGUUAAGUAAUUAUAUUUGUUGAUUUAGUUUCUUGUUAUUUAAGUAUUCACUACAUUAUAGUGUACAAUCUAUCUAAUAUUUUUAUGCAUGAAUUAUGUAUGUUUUAUGUAUGUUUUAAAUUGAAUAUUAUGGCUGAAUUUGAAAUAAGACUUUUUGACACAGAUUAACUGCAAACCUAUUAUAGAUGUUCUCUAUUAUGUAAAGGUUAAAUUAAGGUUAUAUAAUAGUUAUAAAGGUUUUUUUCAUGAUCCUGUCUUUUAUCAUAGACCACACCCAUCUCAUCUGUUGCCAUAGCCAUUCAUUUAUUAAUUGCCACUUCACCUGUGUCUUGUUAUCUUGUGUGCGUAAAUAGUGCCUGUGUUUCUUGUUUCAUUGUUGGUUAUUGAAUGUACGUAGUUGUG